GUUGGAAAUGGCCUGACAAUGCUACGGACAUUUCCACAGUGCGGGCACAUUUCUAAUCAAUUGUUUGCUGAUCUUCGGUUCUGGUGAACGAGAUACGCCGUUUCGGAGGCAUAUUGCUAAGCAAUGCAUUGUAUCCGGUCCACGAUUGGGCGGGGGAUCUGGCAUCACCGAUGGCGUGAUGGCUUGGUUGCAUAGGUGCGACCACAACCGUUCCGCUACCCCAAGCAAACGGUAGCCGUUGCUUGGUAAUUAAUGGAGGAGGAAGUGUCGGAUCAUAAAAGGGCGCCUGCUGCUCCGGGGUCUUAACCUGGGUCCUCGAACUGAAACGUCUACUAGGAAAUAUCUACUAGUGGUAUCUCCAAACUGCGCAUAAAUACUUGGUACCUUAGCUGCAUUCCCCGUCGUACCCUUACUCGAUCAUGGCUGCUGCCGCCGUCGCCCCCUCUAGCCAGCACCAUGUGCACACAGUCUUGAACUACUACAAGGAAGCCGAAGACGGCAGUCCGCCCGCCCCUUACUACGUCAACAAGCCUCUAGAGCAGCAGACGCCACGACCGUCCGUUAGUGUGGAUGUGGAUGUCACCGACAUUAGCGGGCAGGAAGACAAGUACACUUUGGAUGUCCAGGGCUUCCAGGUCGUCAGGCAUGAGAGCAGCGUGAAGGAGUUCCACGACGACGACCUGACGAAGCGGGUGUACUAUCCCGAGGUUGAGCAACUGCUGAAGGACGUAACGGGGGCUACGCGCGUCUUCAUCUUUGACCACACCGUCCGCCAGGGUAAGAGGCCCGGGGAACAAUCCGGCGCCACCUUCCGCGGCCCUGUGCAGAUGGUCCACAUCGACCAGUCCUACCGAGCGUCUGUGAACCGGGUGCGCUACCACCUCCCCGAGGAAGCCGAAGAGCUGCUGCAGAAGCGCUUCCAGAUCAUCAAUGUCUGGCGCCCCAUCAAGACGAUCCUCAAGGAUCCGCUGGGCGUGGCUGAUGCCCGCUCCGUGGCGGAGUCGGAUCUCGUGGGCGCCGCGCUGAUCUACCCGGACCGCGAGGGCGAGACCUUCGCAGUCAAGCCCAACCCAGCCCACCGCUGGUUCUUCAAGUAUGCGCAGCGGCCCGACGAGGUGACGCUCAUCAAGUGCUACGACUCGGAAGCCGACGUGGCCCGACGGAUCCCGCAUUCGUCGUUCGUGGAUCCCGCCGAGGAGGACAAGGAGCCCAGGGAGAGUAUUGAAGUGAGGACGCUGGUGUUCUAUGACUAGGUGGGUAAUUAUUGUGUUAGAAGAAGGAGACAGGUCACGGGAUAUGAUAAUGAAUCGCUGUUAUGCCACCUUAACAUCGACUACCCUUCGAGAGACCUUCCGUCCGCUUUUCAUUGUUUGAUAAGGUAUUAUUGGUUAAGUUCACACUGUUGGUCCCGAUCUUUCGACGAUCCUUCAACAUUAUGUAUAGUGAAGGUCUCUUACCUGAUAGAUGGAGCGAGUUUGAUAGGGGAAAGAAGGACCUGAGAAUUUGGCAAGAAUAAAGGGGAAUCUCGCUUUGUGGGAUCGCAACCAUUCAAGCGGGUUGUCUGCCAUGCAGUGUUUGCACUGUUGGGUAGGGGAUUCUGAAGGAAGGUACGGCAGACCAUAG